UACUAUUGUCCCGGGUCUCAGUUCUCAGACAACAUACCGGCAGCACCACAAACCACAACGGUUCAGCCCAGGGCUACUACCACUGUCACGGGCCUCUUUACAGACUUGAGUUUAGGCCCAUCCAUUACGCCUCCCUUUUGACCUUUCCCCUCGCACCUCUCGCCUCCUCCAGAACUAAAAAAAAGGGUAACAGACAUACCCGAGUGACUGACUGGGAGGGAAAGCAGACGAGCGGAGUCUGCGUCCACGCGGCGACCAAGGGAGGUCGACGGCGGCCUGAGGCCCGCGCGUGGCUCCUCCAUUGGCCCCCGUCAAGGUAACAGCCAUGAAGGUCAAAAUUCUUCAGUGGCAUGCGGUGGCUUCUUGGACAUGGGACGCACAGGAUGAGACAUGUGGCAUAUGCAGGAUGGCUUUUGACGGCUGCUGCCCUGAUUGUAAGUUCCCUGGUGAUGAUUGCCCAAUCAUUUGGGGUGCCUGCAACCAUGCUUUCCAUCUUCACUGCAUACUCAAGUGGGUCAAUUCUCAAACAUCAAUCCCCCUUUGCCCCAUGUGUCGUAGGGAGUGGCAAUUCAAGGGCUAAGGACAUCUCAAACUAUGUCAGUACCAGGAGUUUUCAUAUCUCCUCGUAGGAAACUAGAAUGAAUGUGUAACUGGAAUGUAGUUGGGUUAUCUUGUAAGUGCCCUUUCAUACUUUCUGGAAAUCAGGAUGGUCGGUAUCUUUCAAGUAAAGCUGUGAGACCUUUGAGCCACAGCUAUUGUGUCUUUGCAAGUUGUGACCAUACAAAUCCAAUGAUUGACUUUGAAAAGUCAGCAGCCUGAGAUUGUGACA